UGUAACAAGCCGGAAGUAUGAUUGGUCAGGGUAGACCGGGAGGUUGACCGGAAGGUUGACCGGGUCUCUUUGUUCCGGCCUGGUCAUCAGAUAUUGUGGACACAUUGACUGAAGCUAGAUUCCAAAGGCGCCCAUGAUCAGAACCGGGACAUUUAUGAUGGGGAGUCAUGCAGACAGGAACCGGGACUUUCGGAUUGGGUUGCAUGAACCGACAUUCCUCAACAUUUUCCAUGUCGUUAUCGACAAGUGAAGUCGACGAGGUCCUUGGCCGAAAACAUAAAUAGGGCGUCCAUUCUCACACAGAAAAAUGCAAAUAUCUAUUCUUCGAGUACUUCAGUUUGCGAUAAAUCACAAUGGCGCCAAUUCUCAAGGAUUUUCGAAUUCUUGCUGCCGAGAAACAGCUGCAACGGAGCAACAGUAUUCCCAAAGACUGGCUUGUCUCAUCGAACACCCUUCGCCAUGCCACUAAUCUAUUGGAAGUACCCAUCACUUGCGACAUCUUGGGCGAGAUUGAGUGCGAGAUCACAUCUAACUAUGAUGCUACUUCUCUGCUCCAAAAGCUCAAUUCAGGGGUUUGGUCUGCUGAGCAAGUGACUGUCGCCUUUUGUAAAAGGGCCGCUAUUGCUCAGCAACUGGUUAACUGCCUGACCGAAAUCUUCUUUGACAAGGCGAUCGAGCGUGCCCGUCAACUUGACAGAAAACGACAAGCGACCCCAAGUAAAGCCCUCCCACCUCUCUGGGGACUGCCCAUCUCCCUCAAAGACAGCUUCCAAGUCUUGGGAACGGACACAUCGACGGGACUUGGCUGUUAUGUGAAUGAACCCGCAGAGGAAAACAGUGCUCUCGCCGCCCUGCUGCUUGAUCUGGGCGCAGUUCUCUACUGCAAGACCAAUCUCCCUCAGUCAAUCAUGACCGCUGACAGUGACAAUAACAUCUUCGGUCGAACUUUGAAUCCUCGGAACACAGCCCUGACUGCAGGUGGAAGCACUGGGGGCGAAGGUGCUCUUAUCGCUCUUCGAGGGAGUCUGCUUGGGGUCGGCACUGAUAUCUGCGGAAGCGUUCGUGUCCCAUCGGUCUGCAAUGGACUCUACGGAUUCAGAGCCAGCGUAGGACUAGUCCCACACGGCGGUGUGCGAGAUCUUAACGUGCCAGGAACAGACGGUGUGCGAUCGACGGCUGGACCUUUGGCUACCUCGAUUCGGGACUGCUCCCUCUUCCUCAAAUCGAUCAUGCAGGCCAAGACCUGGAAGUACGACAAAACGGCAGUGUCCCUUUCGUGGCAGAAUCUUCACGUCAAUGAAAGGCUCCGUAUCGGCUUGGUUGAAGACGAUGGCAUGUACACACCUUCGCCUCCAGUUCGUCGAGGUCUGAAAGCGGCGGCGGGGCUUCUUCGAAGAAGUGGUCAUGUUGAAAUUGUCCCUCUUGUCUUACCUGAUGUUAAAGAACACUAUGAAGACCAAUUGCGCUACUGCUCGCUGUCCGGAAGUGAUUACUACAUUGAACAGUUCGCCCGAACAGGAGAGCCAAUCGUGCCAUCCCUAGAAGCAAUUGGUCUGUUAACGAUGAAAGGUACGAGCCUUCAAGGGUUCUUUGACUUAAACGUACGCCGCGCAGCCGCCGCAAAACAAUACCUUAACCUGUUCCGCGACAACAAUCUCGAUGCAAUUCUGAUGCCUCCGGCACCUCACACAGCCGUACCUCUAGAUACGUGGACAACAGCAACGUAUACCGCGUUGUGGAACUUUCUCGAUUAUCCCGCCGUUGUGAUUCCGGUGGGCAAGGUGCAAGAAUCAGACGUAUCAGACGAUGUGAGCAACGCAAAGUAUGGGGUUGAAGAUGCCAAGGUCUACAGUCUUUAUACUGGCCCAGAACUCUACAAAGAUGCCCCAAUUUGUGUUCAGGUGGUUGGAUACAGGCAUGCAGACGAGACUCUUGCAAAUACGGCAAGGUUGUUGGAUUCGAUCAUCAAUGGCACCAGAUUGUAAGAAUGAGGACUUGUGGAAUUUUGGUAACGAGAUUGAUGGGAUGCAUGGUACACUUUGAUGAAUCCAUUGAAAGUCUGCUAAGAUCCAACAUUGAAAAUAAGCGUCAAAGUGUGGUGGCACUUCGCACACAACCAUCAAUCACAGAGCUCUCUCCUUGCCGCAGCGGCGCAACUCAACUCCAAUUUUCCCCUGCACUUGAGUUCUGCAUGCCACUCGUUCGUAUCGGCGGCACAAUUCCACCCGCCUCAUUGGGAGACGAUUUGAGCUUCUUCAUUGGCGCUGGACUUGCAUAAAUGUUGGCUAUAUGGAAACACUUGCGCGGUCGGCAGUCAUAUUUAUGUCUAGCAAGUUCCCAUGAUCAGAGCCUGAAGAAAUCAAUGGGCCAUUUACAAAUUGGAACGUUAGUCCAUUCGAUAUAAUCAUCAAUAUAGACCUCUGUCCUUGACUCUUAGUAGAUCUC